GAUAUGAUUCGUUUCUCAGACCAGGGUAAAAAGUGUUCGAAGUGACUGUAACUAAGGAGGGUCGUCUGCUGGACGUUCGUCUAGAGACUCAGCCCCUGCUACCCCAGACAGCCAUGUCUGGAGAGGAAACAGCAGGAAAGGGGAAGGAGGAGGAUGGGAGAAUCCUGUCCCCCCCAGGCCCCAAGCCCGGCAGGAGACUGUCGGUGGCCCCUGGAAGAGGUGGACGCAGAAUGAGCAUGCUGCAUGCACAGGCAGUUCAAAUCGAGAGCUUGAAAGACAGACAAGCUCGAGCCAAGGAGGCCAGAGAGUUGCGGAAGCUGAGAAUCACCCCUGAACACCGUUACAUCCUGCAGUUGGUGGGGAGUGAGAUUGGUAUGGACAAAGCCACAGUGGAGGAGAAUGUCCUGGACUGCGAGAAGCAUGUGAGCCUUCUUGAGAGUUUCCUUGCAAAGGGUGGCUCCAGGGCACUCAUGUUCUUCUACCAGGAUGAAGCACCACCUACUAUUGAGUCCGGCCGCAUGAUCGCCACCUCUGCAGGAAAGCCAACUUCUGUGAAAAGGGUAUUAGUCUCUGAUGGAAUGCAGGAAGGACUGACCGGCAUCUGUAUGUACUUCACAAGAGUCAAACCUGACAUUGCACUGACUAUGCGGAACUUGCACGAGGAAAUCAACUUUGGUGUCCUGGAUGUUCAGAAGUCAGGAGGGAUCAUUCAGGCUGUGCAGGCUCUGCUAUCUAAGAUAUACAGGCCGUUCCUCCAUGGUACAGAUAGCUAUGGACAGAUGAAUGAGACACCAUGUGGCACGAAGGCCAAGAGAGAAUUCCUGGACUCAUACGACAACUUUCUGCACUUUCUGGAUGCUGCCCAGUUGAACAUUGAGGGCACAGUGAACCUGACGGAGUGUGAGAAGGUGGACGUGUCCAAGCUCAACACCAUGGCAGAAGUGAUGGCUGCUGCUGGGAACCCUGAGAUCCUGGACGCCUGUGAGGAGCUGGUCCAGUCUUGGUGCAAACAGAUUGAACAGGUUUUGGCAGAAAGCGAACAGAUGAGAAAGGAGGCUGACGACACAGGUCCACUAGCAGAACUGGAACACUGGAGGCACUUGAUGUCCAAGUUCAACUCCAUACUAGAACAGAUCAAGGGAGCCAAGUGUCGCUCUGUCAUCAAGGUUCUAACAGCAGCCAAGUCAAGGGUGCUAAAGAUAUGGAAAGAGCUUGACAACAGAAUCACUGACUCAGCUAACGAGGCCAAAGACAAUGUGAAAUACCUGUACACGCUGGAGAAGAACUGUGAACCGCUCUAUCACUGUGACCCUAUCAGUAUGACAGAUGCCAUUCCCAAUCUCAUCAAUGCCAUUCGGAUGAUCCACACCAUCUCCAGAUACUACAACACCUCAGAGAGGAUGACCUCUCUCUUCAUCAAGGUGACAAACCAGAUGGUGACAGCCUGCAAGGGCUACAUCACGGAUGAUGGUGUAAACCGAAUAUGGGAUCAGGAAAGAGGCCCUCUGAUUGAAAAACUCCAAGCUUGCGUCAAGCUGUACAGGGACUAUCAUGGCUGCUUCCAGAAGACAAAGAAGAAGAUUGCAAAGAUUCCUGGAGAGAAGCCAUUUGAGUUCUCAGAGAUGUACAUCUUUGGCAAGUUUGAUGCUUUCUGCAAAAGGAUUGAAAAGAUCAUUGAGCUGUUGAACACCAUUGAAGUCUUCUCUGUGUUGAGCACUUCCAAGAUUGAAGGAAUUGAAAAUUGUGCCGCCAAGUUCCAACACAUCUAUUCUGGUGUUAGAAAGAAGCCAUAUGACAUACUGGAUCAUAGGAAGACUGACUUUGAUCAUGACUUCGAGGACUUCAAGAGGAGUGUGGAAGAUUUGGAGGGAAGUCUGCAGGUCUUUAUGGACAGCUGCUUCCAGAAAGUUCACUUGGCCUCACAAGCACUGAUCCUGUUGGAGAGAUUUGACAACCUGAAGAUCCCGAGCCUGAACAUUGAUGAGAAGUACCAGUUGCUGCUGGAACAUUUCUGUGGGGAGCUAGAGGAUGUCAAGAAGCUUUAUAACCAGCACCGUGAUGACCCACCCAUCCCCCGGGACAUGCCGCCGGUGGCAGGGAAGAUUGCAUGGGCACGACAACUCUUCAGGAGGAUCCAGGGUCCCAUGGAUGUCUUCCAGAAACACCCAACAAUUCUGAAACAGCCAGAAGCGCAGAGGUGCAUCAAGACUUACAACCGCCUUGCUGCAGUCCUGAUGGAGUUUGAGAUGUUGUACCACAGAGGAUGGCUCAAACAAGUGGAGGUUAUCAAGACAGGCCUGCUUGCCACAGUGCUGGUCAGGCACCCCAAAACAGGGGAACUGCUUGUGAACUUUGACCCGCUGCUGUACCAGCUGAUUCGCGAGGCCAUGUGCAUGCAGAAGCUGGGACUGGAGGUGCCGGAGUCGGCCAGGUCUGUGGUCCUGCAGCAGAGGGAACUGAAGGGGAACCACUGCAAGCUGCAGAGCCUACUGGACGAGAAUGCAGCCAUCCGUGCCAAAAUCCCAAACAUCUUCCUACCACUGCUCUCCACCACUACCAGAAAGGUAGACCGCGCCAUCGCCCCGGGGCUGAUCCAACUGACCUGGGCUUCAAUGAACCUGCAGGGCUACUUUGACAGCAUCUCAGUAGCACUCAGGGACCUGUCUCUCCUCAUCAAACAAGUGAACGACAUCCGUGAAACUCGUAUUGAUGCUGUCCUUAAAGAGAUGAGUGAGCUGUUACUCUGUACACUGCCAGAGGACACUCCCUGGACUGUGGAAGAGUUCAUCACCAAGAACAGGGAGUAUUGCCGCGAGUCGAGUGACUAUCUGGACCUGCGCAGCUCCCGUGUGGAGGAUGCUGUGAAUGACCUGUGUGAGGUGUUCCGUGCUAAUGCUGAGCUGCUGCCAGUGUGCGAGGACGACAUCACUGAUUCAGCAACCGCUGAGACAUCUACCAACACAGACGACUUGUCUGAGUCUGACGAGCUCCCAGCAGAUGUGUUUGAGGAGGAGAUAAAGGAGCUGGUCAGUCACUUCAACCAUCGCAACCUGGAGGCCCUGCUCCGGGCAACCCGACUGUCUCUGGACCUUGUCAAGAAAAGGGUCUUCUCAAAUCCUGUCAGGAAGAAGGCCAAGAAGAAGACAGCAGACAGCAAGGCUUUCUUCACUGCCAAUAUCGAGCUUGCCAUCCCGAAUGUGGUGAUGUUGCCCAGCUUAGAUGACAUGCAGGAAGCCCUGAAGGAGGUGACCCAGCUGGUGCUGGAGGUGUCCAGGGGCGUGGCACAGUGGGGACAGACUCGCAAACAGGAGAAGCCUAAAGUUGUACACGUUGCCCAUGGCAAGAACAACAAGAAGGUGGAAAGCUCAGUCAUGAUGUUGGAGAGGAUCCCACCCCACACCAUCAAGAACUACUACAAGUCCAUUGCUGAGCACAAGGACAUGCAGAAACUGGUGAUGAUGCUGGCCUCGGCCACAAACUCCUACCGGGAGGAAAUCACAGAGACUCUAGACAGUUUCAGCACUUACAAGUUCCUGUGGGAAGAUGACAAGCAAGAGAUCAGCAAGGCAUUUAUGGCAGAAAACCCAAUCCUGUCUGAGUUCGUAGCAGAGAUGCUGAGGUUUGAGGAGAUGCAACUGGAAAUUCAGGAGAUCGUACCGUCCAUCAAGGUUGGAGCCAUCCAACUGAUCACAGACCCCCUGAAGACAGCCAUGCAGGUGGAGACCAAGAGCUGGAAGAUGAUCUAUGGCAAGAAGCUGAAUGAGGACUACAAGCAGAAGAUGGAAGAGAUCUUCAACUAUGUGACUGACUUCAGCAGGAAGCUUGCCCAUCCUAUCAAGGACCUGGAAGAUGUGAGGUUUGCAAUGGAAGCACUGGAGGACGUCCGACACAACAUGAUCAGGAUUGACAUGGCACUCGGUCCUAUUGAGGAAGCCUAUGCCAUGCUACAGAAGUAUGAUGUCAGUGUUGCCAAGGAGGAGGCAGACAGAGCGGACACCCUUCGCUACUCCUUCCAGAAACUGCUGUCUAUCUCUGCUGAUGUGCAGACAGAGUUAGUGAUUGUACAGCCCAAGUUCAAGUCUGAUCUCCUGGAGUCAGUCGGUAUCUUCCAUCAUGACAUGGAGCAUUAUGCAGGAGACUAUGACACUGAAGGUCCAAUGGUGGAUGGCAUUGCUCCAAUUGAAGCCAGUGAUAGACUUUCAGUGUUUGUGAGUCGGUUUGAUGAACUCUGGCGGAAGUUCAACACUUACUCAGCGGGUGAGCAGCUCUUUGGCCUGACUGUGACGGAGUACCCUGUGCUACAGAAGAUCCGUAAGGAGCUGAACCUUCUCCAGAAGCUGUAUGGUCUGUACAAUGCUGUGCUGAACGGCAUCAAUGGCUACUAUGACAUUCUGUGGACUGAGGUGGACAUUGAGAAGAUUAACAAUGAACUACUGGACUUCCAAAACAGGUGUCGGAAGCUGCCCAAGGCACUGAAGGAGUGGCAGGCAUUCUUAGAUCUAAAGAAGAAAAUUGAUGACUUUAACGAGAGUUGUCCACUGCUGGAGAUGAUGGCUAACAAGGCCAUGAAGCAGCGACACUGGGACAGGAUAGCAACCACUACAGGCGUAACAUUUGAUGUUGAGUCAGAGUCCUUCUGUCUCCGAAAUAUCAUGGAAGCCGACUUGCUCGCUUUCAAGGAAGACAUUGAGGACAUCUGUAUCUCUGCUGUGAAAGAAAAGGACAUUGAGGCCAAACUAGCACAGGUGGUGGCUGACUGGAGCUUGCAGGAGUUCCAGUUUGCUGGCUUCAAGGCUCGUGGGGAGCUCCUCCUGAAGGGUGGUGAGACGUCAGAAAUCGUGGCCCUGAUGGAAGAUUCUCUCAUGAUCCUGGGCUCACUCCUCAGUAAUAGGUACAAUGCCCCGUUUAAGAAGGACAUUCAGUCCUGGGUGCAGAAGCUGUCCAACAGUUCAGACAUCAUUGAGAACUGGCUGGUGGUACAGAACCUGUGGGUGUACCUGGAGGCUGUGUUCGUGGGAGGAGACAUCGCAAAACAGCUGCCUCAGGAAGCCAAGCGGUUCCAGAACAUCGACAAGUCGUGGGUGAAGAUCAUGACCCGUGCUCACGAGACGCCCAACGUGGUUAAUUGCUGCGUGGGAGAUGAGACGCUUGGACAGCUACUGCCACAUCUGCUGGAGCAACUGGAGCUCUGCCAGAAAUCUCUCACUGGGUAUUUGGAGAAGAAACGUCUGGUGUUUCCACGGUUCUUUUUCAUCUCUGACCCUGCACUUCUGGAGAUUCUUGGUCAGGCCAGCGACUCUCAUACUAUCCAGUCCCACCUGCUGGGUGUGUUUGAGAAUGUGAACGAGGUGACAUUUCACGAGAAAGACUAUGACAGGAUGUUGGCCUUUGUCUCCAGGGAGGGUGAGAGUGUCAAUCUUGAUAACCCUGUGAUAGCCAAAGGUAAUGUGGAGAUCUGGUUAGGAGACCUACUCAGGGAGCAGCAGUCUUCACUGAAGGGAGUCAUCAGGGAGGCUUCUGCUAAUAUCAACGAUGCAUCCUCAAUCCUGGCAUUUCUGGCUAACUACCCAGCACAGGUUGGCUUGCUGGGUAUCCAGAUGAUCUGGACCAGGGAUGCUGAGGAGGCACUGGCAGCUGCACGGUCCGACAAGAAGAUCAUGCAGAUGACCAACCAGAAGUUCCUUGACCUGCUGAACAAGCUGAUCGACCAGACGACCCUCGACCUGACAAAGUUUGAGCGAGUGAAGUUUGAGACCCUGGUGACCAUCCACGUUCACCAGAGGGAUAUCUUUGAUGACCUGGUGCGCAUGCACAUCAAGAAUGUGAAUGACUUUGAGUGGUUGAAGCAGUCACGCUUCUACUGGAAGGAGGACAUUGAUGACUGCAUCGUGUCCAUCACAGACGUGGACUUCAGCUACCAGAAUGAGUUUCUGGGCUGUACUGACAGGCUUGUUAUCACUCCUCUAACUGACAGGUGCUAUAUCACACUGGGACAAGCCCUGGGCAUGAGCAUGGGAGGAGCUCCUGCUGGGCCGGCCGGUACUGGGAAGACAGAGACCACCAAGGACAUGGGGAAGGCCCUGGGCAAGUACGUGGUGGUGUUCAACUGUUCUGAUCAGAUGGACUACAGAGGCCUGGGGAGGAUCUACAAGGGUCUUGCCCAGUCCGGAAGCUGGGGCUGUUUUGAUGAGUUUAACAGGAUCGACCUGCCGGUGUUAUCUGUGGCAGCUCAGCAGAUCUACAUUGUCCUGAUGGCCAGGAAGGAGAGGAAGACCCAGUUUGUCUUCACAGACGGAGAUGUGGUGGACCUGAACCCUGAGUUUGGCCUCUUCAUCACCAUGAACCCUGGCUAUGCCGGCCGACAGGAGCUGCCUGAGAACCUGAAGAUUCAGUUCAGAACAGUCGCCAUGAUGGUGCCAGACAGACAGAUCAUUAUGAGAGUGAAGCUGGCCAGCUGUGGUUUCCAGGAGAACAUCAUCCUGGCUCAGAAGUUCUACACACUAUACAAACUGUGUGAGGAACAGCUCUCAAAGCAGGUGCAUUAUGACUUUGGUCUGAGGAACAUCCUGUCAGUGCUGCGUACUUUGGGAGCCAACAAGCGUGCUCGACCAGAGGAGACAGAGUCAACCAUUGUCAUGAGAGUUCUGAGGGACAUGAAUCUUUCCAAGCUGGUGGAUGAAGAUGAGCCCCUGUUUCUGAGUCUGAUUGGUGACCUGUUCCCUGGCAUCGUCCUGGAUACGGCGACCUACGAGGACCUGCAGGCAGCCAUCACCCACCAGGUGGACGAGUCGCCCGACCUCAUCAACCACCCCAACUGGAACCUCAAACUUGUGCAGUUGUUUGAGACCCAGCGUGUACGUUGGGGCAUGAUGACCUUGGGUCCGAGCGGAGCCGGGAAGACGGAGUGUAUCCACACCCUGAUGAAGUCCAUGACAGAGUGUGGCGCCCCUCACAGGGAGAUGAAGAUGAACCCCAAGGCCAUCACGGCGCCUCAGAUGUUUGGCAGGCUGGACGUUGCCACCAACGACUGGACAGAUGGGAUCUUCUCUACCCUGUGGAGGAGGACUCACAAGGCCAAGAAAGGAGAGAACAUCUGGAUUGUGCUGGAUGGUCCUGUAGAUGCCAUCUGGAUUGAGAACUUGAACUCUGUGCUGGACGACAACAGAACCCUGACCCUCGCUAACGGAGACCGUAUUCCCAUGUCUCCUGCCUGCAAGGUUGUGUUUGAGGUGCACAACAUCGACAACGCCUCACCAGCCACUGUUUCACGCAACGGCAUGGUCUUCAUGAGCUCCUCUGUGCUGGACUUCAGGCCCAUACUUGGUGGCUGGCUGCGUAAGAGGCAGCCCCAGGAGGCAGACAUCCUGCAGGCCCUGUAUGAUAAGGUGUUCGACGACCUGUACCACUUCAUGGCACAGAACCUCUGGCCAAAGAUGGUGCUGCUGGAAUGUAACUACAUUGCUCAGUCUUUGAACCUACUGGAGGGCCUGAUACCUAGUAAGGAGGAGGCAGGUGUCCUACCUGCUCAGCAUCUCGAAAGGAUCUUCAUCUUUGCUCUCAUGUGGAGCAUCGGUGCCAUCUUGGAGUUGGAGGACCGAGCCAAGUUGGAAGAGUUUUUGAGGGGCCACGAGAGUGCCUUGGACCUGCCCACAUGUGACGCUGAUGCAGGUCAAACCAUCUUUGAGUUUGUGGUGGACUCAAAUGGAAACUGGCAGCACUGGAGUGAACGUGUGGAGGACUUUAUCUACCCAACCGACUCAGUCCUGGAAUACUCCUCCAUCCUGGUCCCCAACGUGGACAAUGUCAGGACAUCCUUCCUCAUUGAUACAAUUGCGAAACAGUCUAAGGCUGUACUGCUGAUUGGUGAACAGGGUACAGCCAAGACUGUGAUGAUUAAGGGCUACAUGUCCAAGUACGAUGCUGAUGUGCACAUGGGCAAGAGCCUCAACUUCUCCUCAGCCACGGUGCCACUCAUGUUCCAGCGCACCAUUGAGAGCUAUGUCGACAAGCGCAUGGGCACCACCUACGGCCCACCAGCUGGAAGAAAGAUGACUGUGUUCGUGGACGACAUCAACAUGCCCAUCAUCAAUGAGUGGGGAGACCAGGUUACAAACGAGAUUGUCCGCCAGACGAUGGAAAUGCAAGGUUUCUACAACCUGGAGAAGCCAGGAGAGUUCACCCACAUCGUGGACAUCCAGUUCCUGGCUGCCAUGAUCCACCCAGGAGGGGGCAGGAACGACAUACCGGAGAGGCUCAAGAGGCAGUUCUGUGUCUUCAACUGCACCCUGCCUUCUAACAACUCUAUGGACCACAUCUUCCGUAUCAUUGGGCUGGGGUACUUCUGUGUGGAGAGAGGGUUCAAUGAAGAUGUUGUUGACAUGGUGAAGAAGCUGGUGCCUGCCACCAGAGUCCUGUGGCAGAUGACCAAGGUGAAGAUGCUUCCCACCCCAGCCAAGUUCCACUACAUCUUCAACCUGCGUGACUUGAGCCGUAUCUGGGAGGGGAUGCUGAAGGUGCUGUCUGACGAGUGCCAGUCUGUGCAGUACAUCCUGUCUCUGUGGGAGCACGAGUGUGUCAGGGUCAUCGUAGACAGAUUUACCAACUCAGAAGAUAAGGACUGGUUCUUCAAGGCCAUCAUCAGAGUUGUAGGAGAAAACAUUGGUACAGAGUACCUGGAAGAGCUGGACCCAGAGCCGUACUUUGUGGACUUCCUCCGAGAUGCACCUGAGCCGACUGGAGAGGAGCCGGAGGAUGCUGACCUGGACGCACCCAAAAUCUAUGAGAAGAUCCCGAGCUUCCAGGCUCUGAGUGAUCGUCUGCAGAUGUUCAUGGCCUCUUACAACGACACUGUGCGGGGAGCUCACAUGGGUCUGGUCUUCUUCAAGGAUGCCAUGACUCACUUGGUCAAGAUCUCUCGUGUGAUCCGUACCCCUCGAGGAAACUCCCUGCUGGUUGGAGUGGGUGGUUCUGGUAAACAGUCCCUUACACGGCUGGCCUCUUUCAUUGCUGGCUACAAGAUAUUCCAGAUCACUCUCACCAGAUCCUACAACCAGAGUAACCUUAUGGACGACCUGAAGUACCUGUAUCGUGUGGCAGGUGGGGAGGGGAACGGCAUCACCUUCAUCUUCACAGACAACGAGAUCAAGGAUGAGGCCUUCUUGGAAUACCUCAACAAUCUACUCAGCUCUGGAGAGGUGUCCAACCUGUUUGCUCGUGAUGAGCUGGAUGAGAUCACCCAGGAACUCAUCCCUGUCAUGAAGAAGGAGUUCCCACGCCGAGCUCCGACCCAGGACAACCUGUACGAUUACUUCAUCUCCCGAGCACGGGACAACCUUCACGUGGUACUCUGCUUCUCACCUGUUGGUGAAAAGUUCCGUAACAGAUCGCUGAAGUUCCCGGGGCUGAUCUCUGGCUGCACCAUGGACUGGUUCCUGGGGUGGCCGAAGGACGCGCUGGUGGCUGUGGCGGACAGUUUUCUGGCCAGCUACGAGAUGGUGUGCUCUGCCGAGGUGAAGAUGGGCGUGGUGGAGACCAUGGGCAUCUUCCACGACAAAGUGGCUGAUGCUUGUGUCAAAUACUUUGACAGGUACCGACGUCAGACCCACGUGACACCCAAGUCCUACCUGUCCUUCAUUGAUGGCUACAAGAGCAUCUACUCUGAGAAGUAUGCACAUAUUGGGGAGCUGUCCCGCCGCAUGAACACUGGUCUGGAGAAGCUGAUAGAAGCUGGAGAAUCUGUGGCUGAACUGUCAAAGGAGUUGGUUGUUAAAGAGAAGGACCUUGCAGUUGCCUCUGCUAAAGCAGACAAGGUGUUAGCUGAGGUGACAGUGAGUGCCCAGGCUGCUGAGAAAGUGAAGAACGAGGUACAGAAGGUGAAGGAUGCGGCUCAGCACAUUGUGGACGACAUCGCUGUAGAGAAGGCUGUCGCAGAGGAGAAACUGGAAGCAGCAAAACCAGCCUUAGCUGAGGCAGAGGCUGCCCUACAGACCAUCAAAGCUGCGGAUAUUGGCACAGUGAGAAAGCUGGCCAAACCUCCUCACCUGAUCAUGCGCAUCAUGGACUGUGCCGGCAUCCUGUUCCGCCGCAGACUGGACAUCGUGACACUGGACCCUGACAGGCCCUGUCCCAAACCUUCCUGGUCAGAGUCGCUAAAGUUAAUGUCGGCUAGCGGGUUCCUGUCGAUGCUACAGAACUUUGCCAAAGACACCAUCACAGAGGAGAUGGUGGAGCUGAUGCAGCCGUACCUCACCAUGGAGGACUACACCUUAGAGAAUGCCAAGAAAGUCUGUGGCAACGUCGCAGGCCUGCUGGCCUGGACACGUGCCAUGGCUGUGUUCUAUGGCAUCAACAAGGAAGUGUUGCCCCUCAAGGCAAACCUGGCUGUCCAGGAGGCCCAUUUGCACAAAGCCAUGGAUCAGCUAAACAAAGCCCAGGCCCAGCUGGAUGCCAAGCAGGCAGAACUGGACGAAGUGCAGGCAAAGUUUGAUGCUGCCAUGAAGGAGAAACAGGAUCUGUUGGAUGAUGCUGAAGCCUGCAAGAAAAAGAUGGACGCAGCCUCUGCUUUGAUUGGUGGGCUGGCAGGAGAGAAAACCAGAUGGACACAACAGAGCAAGGAAUUCAAGGCUCAGAUUGACAGGCUGGUGGGAGACUCCCUCCUGUGCACAGCCUUCCUGUCGUACUCUGGUCCCUUCAACCAGGAGUUCCGCACCUACCUGCUAAAGGAUGUGUGGGAGAAGGAGCUGUAUGUUCGACACAUCCCCUUCACCAAGGAGCUCAACAUCACGUCUGAACUGGUGGACCAGGCCACGGUUGGAGAGUGGAACCUACAGGGCCUGCCUAACGACGACCUGUCUGUUCAAAACGGCAUAAUCGUCACCAAGGCAACCCGCUACCCCCUCCUGAUUGACCCGCAAGGUCAAGGCAAGAUCUGGAUCAAGAACAAGGAGAAGGAUCAUGAGUUACAGGUGACGUCUCUGAACCACAAGUACUUCCGGACCCACCUGGAAGAUGCCCUGUCCUUGGGUAGACCCCUGCUGAUUGAGGACAUCAAUGAAGAACUGGACCCAGCCCUGGACAACGUCCUGGAGAAAAACUUCAUUAAGUCUGGCUCAACUUUCAAGGUGAAAGUUGGAGAUAAGGAGUGUGACGUGAUGUCUGGCUUUACCCUGUACAUCACCACCAAGCUUCCCAACCCUGCAUAUACUCCCGAGAUUAGUGCCCGUACCUCCAUCAUUGACUUCACAGUGACCAUGAAGGGUCUGGAAGACCAGCUGCUAGGAAGGGUGAUCCUUGCUGAGAAAGCUGAACUUGAGUCAGAGCGGACCAAACUGAUGGAAGACGUGACGGCCAACAAAAGGAAGAUGCAGGAACUGGAGGAUAACCUUCUCUACAAGCUCACCAGCACUCAGGGCUCCCUUGUUGAAGAUGAGUCCCUCAUCACAGUGCUGGCUGUCACCAAGGAAACAGCAGCUGAGGUCAGUGAAAAGCUGAUUGUCGCAGCAGACACGGAGAUCAAGAUCAACGAGGCCAGAGAGGAGUAUCGACCUGUUGCCACCCAAGGUAGCAUCCUGUACUUCCUGAUCACGGAGAUGAGCAUGGUGAACUGUAUGUACCAGACCUCCCUCAGGCAGUUCCUGGGCAUCUUUGAUCUCUCCCUGCAUAGGUCAGACAAGUCUCCAAUCCCCGCCAAGCGGAUCCACAACGUGAUAGACUACCUGUCAUUUGCAGUGUUCAGGUACUCGUGCCGGGGUCUGUACGAGACUCACAAGUUCCUCUUCACGCUGCUGCUGGCUCUGAAGAUUGACCUGCAACGUGCUUCCAUCUCUCACGAUGAGUUCCAGGUUCUCAUUAAAGGUGGUGCUGCCCUGGACCUGAAUGCCGUGCAGCCCAAGCCGUGCAAGUGGAUCCUGGACAUGACCUGGCUCAACCUGGUGGAGCUCAGCAAGCUGCCAAAGUUCUCUGACGUACUCAACCAGAUCCCUCGUAACGAGAAGGGGUGGAAGGUCUGGUUUGACAAGGAUGCUCCCGAGGAGGAAACCCUCCCAGAUGGCUACGAGGUCUCCCUCAACACCUUUCAGAAACUGCUCAUUGUCAGAUGCUGGUGCCCUGACCGUACCCUCCCCCAGGCCCGUAAGUACAUUGCUGACUCCAUGGGAGCUCGGUACGCCGAGCCUGUCAUCCUGAACCUGAAGGAGACCUGGGAGGAGAGCGACAACCGUGUGCCACUCGUGUGCUUUCUGUCCAUGGGCUCCGACCCAACCAACCAGAUCGAGGCCCUGGCUAAACAACUCAAGCUCAGUUGCCAGGCCAUCUCUAUGGGCCAGGGCCAGGAGGUCCAUGCCCGUCGACUGUUGAACCAGUGCAUGGCGCAGGGCGGCUGGGUGCUGCUGCAGAACUGCCAUCUGGGUCUGGAGUUCAUGGACGAGCUGCUGGAGACCAUCACCACCCACGAGCCCAUCCACGAGGCCUGCCGGGUCUGGAUCACCACAGAGGUCCACCCCAAGUUCCCCAUCAGCCUGCUGCAGGCAUCAAUCAAGUUCACCAACGAGCCCCCUCAGGGUCAGAGGGCAGGCUUGAAGAGGACCUAUGUCGGCCUGUCCCAGGACCAGCUGGACAUCAGCAAUGCCCCCCAGUGGAAGCCCAUGCUGUAUGGAGUGGCCUUCCUACACUCUGUGGUGCAGGAACGCCGUAAAUAUGGCCCCCUGGGAUGGAACAUCCCGUACGAGUUCAACCAGGCAGACUUCACAGCCAGUGUCCAGUUCGUCCAGAACCACCUGGAUGACAUGGAUCCCAAAAGGGGUGUAUCCUGGAACACUGUGCGCUACAUGCUUGGGGAGGUGCAGUAUGGUGGCAGGGUCACUGAUGACUUUGACAAGCGUCUUCUCAACACUUAUGCUAAGGUGUGGUUCAAUGAGGCCAUGUUUGCCGACAGUUUCCAGUACUACAUCGGCUAUAAGAUUCCCAAGUGUAAGACUCUGAAGGAGUGUCUGGAGUUCAUAGAGGCCCUGCCAGCCGUGGACUCACCAGAGGUGUUCGGACUGCACCCAAAUGCAGACAUCACGUACCAGAGUAACACAGCGAAGGACGUACUGGACACCAUCAUGAGUAUCCAGCCCAAAGACUCGGGAGGAGGAGGCGGGGAAACCAGGGAGAGCGUGGUGUACCGUCUCGCUGAGGACAUGUUGGAGAAAGUGCCUCCUGACUAUGUCCCUCACGAGGUGAAAGCCCGGCUGCAGAAGAUGGGAGCCCUGAACUCCAUGAACAUCUUCCUGCGGCAGGAGAUUGACCGCAUGCAGCGUGUCAUCACGCUCGUCCGCAUCACCCUGACCGACCUGAAGCUGGCUAUUGAGGGCACCAUCAUCAUGAGCGAGAACCUCCGUGAUGCCCUUGACAACAUGUUUGACGCCCGUGUGCCAGCCCUGUGGAGGAAGGUGUCCUGGGAGUCCAGCACCCUGGGAUUCUGGUUCACCGAGCUGCUGGAGAGGAACGCACAGUUCUCAUCAUGGCUGUUCGACGGACGACCUAACACCUUCUGGAUGACUGGCUUCUUCAACCCACAAGGUUUCCUGACUGCUAUGAGACAGGAGGUGACCCGAGCCCACAAGGGCUGGGCCCUGGAUGGCGUCACACUGCAUAACGAGAUCCUCAAGCAGAUGAAGGAGGACAUCACCUCCUCUCCUGCGGAGGGUGUGUACAUCUACGGGCUGUUCCUGGAUGGAGCCAGUUGGGACCGUAAGAACUGCCGUCUGGCCGAGCCCCAACCUAAGGUGCUGUUCACCCUGCUCCCUGUGGUGCACAUGUUUGCUGUCAACUCCACAGCUCCCAAGGACCCCAAGCUGUACCAGUGCCCGACCUACAAGAAGCCAUGCCGCACAGACCUGACCUACAUCACAGUCAUCCUGAUGAGGACAGUCCAGAGCCCGGACCACUGGAUCCUCAGGGGAGUCGCUGCUCUGUGUGACAUCAAAUAAAGCAGCCGCCAGCAGUCUA